AUGACAGUUCCAGCGUCCUGUCCCUUAUGCUCCUCGGGUCAAGAAUCUCAUUCUCACCUGUUCUUCACGUGCCCUUUCUCUACAGCAGUUUGGUCUCAUUAUGUCGGAUGGAUGUCCUCAGCUCCUCCUGCUUCCCUUGCUUCAGUUUUGACUAUCAUAGGCCGGUCUCACAUAGUUUCAUGCCUUGGUGCAGCAACUGUGGUGAAACUCUUGAUGCAGUCCAUUGUUUAUAUGCUGUGGAGAGAAAGAAACCAUCGUAUCUUCAGGCAAUCAUCCUCCUCUGUAGCUGCAGUCAUCAACGCGGUCGAAUCUCUUCCACCACCUCGGGACGGCUCAGUCUCUUACCUGCAGCUCUACCUAUCCUCCCGCUCCUUGUUUCCGCCUUAG